CCCUUCUCCACGGUGUAGCAUCGUGCCUCGAGCUGAUCGAUCCAUCCUUCACUAAUAGUGGUCUUCCUGAUAUAGCACUGUCACACUGUGUCACACACACAAAACCCACAUCACAAGUAGCUAAGCUAAGCUAGGAAGAAGCUCCCCAGGGGCCGGCGAUCAUGGUGGCGGCUGGUCGCCCCAAAAUGGGGGAGGAGAAACUGAUCAUCAGGUCGGAGAAGGUCCGGUUCAUCGACAUCCUGUCACUCCUGUUCCUGCGUCGGCCCCUCACCAGCUACGCCUUCGUCGACGCCGGCGACCAGACCGUGCUCGACGCCGGCAACACGCCAGGCGACAUAUUCGUCGCGCUCACCGAGAUCAUCCAGAAGGCCCUCGCCGCCGCCUACUGGCCUGCCAGGAUCAUCGGCGCCGCCAUCGAGAUCCUCCUCAACUUCUUCGCACUCAACGGCGGGUUGCUGGGCAUCAUAUGGAACAUCUUCAGAUGUAGGCUGGUGAUCCCACUGAACCGGGAGGCGCCCAACUUCCGGACAAUGAUCGGGAUGAUCGACGGGAGGACGGAGCUGAAGCCGGCGCCGCCCCAAAUGGCCGCCGGCGACAUCCGGCAACUGCAGGUGCUCGACGUCGUGGUCUCCGGCGAGAUCGCCGACCUGGAGAGCGGCUGCCGGCGUGCCGCGGAGGCGGAGCCCCUGGUCCUGCGGCAGUACCUCGUCCUUGAGGUCACCGCCAUGGCCGCCAAGCUCGCCUACGAGAACGCUGCCUACAUUGAGAACGUUGUCAAGAACGUGUGGAAGUUCAAUUUCGUGGGGUUCUUCAACGGCUGGAACAAGUACCUGAAUCUGGACGGGACACAGGCAUUCGUGAUAACGGACAAGGCAGAGGACGCCAACGUGGUCAUCCUGGCCUUCCGUGGCACGGAGCCAUUCAACAUGCAGGACUGGUCAACGGACGUGAACCUCUCCUGGAUCGGCAUGGGCAGGAUGGGCUUCGUCCACGCGGGGUUCCUCAAGGCGCUCGGCCUCCAAGAAGAAGACGGCAAGAGCAUCGAGCGGGCCUUCCCCAAGGACGUCCCCAACGGCGCCACCCCUGCCGGCAAGCACCUCGCCUACUACCAGCUCCGCGACACGCUCCGCGAAGAGCUCAAGAAGCACCCCAACGCCCGGCUCGUCGUCACGGGCCACAGCCUCGGCGGCGCCCUCGCCGUCGUGUUCCCGGCGUUGCUGGCGUUGUACGACGAGAAGGACGUCGUUGGCCGGAUCGGCGCCGUGCAGACCUUCGGCCAGCCGCGUGUCGGGAACGAGACGUUCGUCAACUUUUUCAAGGCCGAGGUGGAGGCGAAGCAGAAUGGCACGGUGCCGGUGCCGUUCCACCGUGUGGUUUAUAGGUAUGACAUCGUGCCCCGGGUGCCGUUUGACCUGGCCAAGCUGGCCGAGUUCAGGCAUGGAGGCACCUGUGUGUACUAUGAUGGGUGGUAUGAUGGGAAGGUGCUGGCCGGGGACGCGCCCAACCCGAAUUACUUUGACCCGAGGUUCGUGUUGUCCAUGUAUGGGAAUGCGAUUGGGGAUCUUGUGAAGGGGGCGUUUCUUUGGGCGAAGGCGGGGAAGGAUUACCGUGAGGGGGCUGUUUCUCUGUUGUACCGGGCUUCUGGUUUGCUUGUUCCGGGUCUGGCUUCGCAUAGCCCCAGGGACUACGUCAACUCCGUCCGCCUUGGCCGCAUUGAACCCAAGCAAGUGUGAAUGAAUUAAGAUGGGAGGGCGACCGGAUCAAGGGAUGAGAUCUCUCUCUGGACUGGAGAGAUUAUGAAUAAGUUUGUUGAAUUAUGUUGUGGGUGUCUUGCUUAUUGUACUCUUGUGUGUGCAAAAGUGUAGUGGAAGGCGUGCGUGUGUUCGUAUGUUCCCUUGUUCUGCUGCUCGCGCUCAGCGAUGAUUAAUGAAUCCAAGCCUAUUUGAAUGUAAUGAUCAUUUGAGCUGGACUGCUGGAUA